AUGGCGCCCCGUGGUGCUCGUGGUGGAAAGUUCAAGCCCUCGCGAGGAGGAGGCAAACACUUCAGCCGCGAUCUCCAGCCUCUCGAUAAGGACGGCAAUGCCCUUGGUCUUUGGCGCGAACCCGGUGAACAAGUCCCAUCCUCCGGAGAUGAGGAGUCAUCCUCUGAAGAGAGCUCCGAAGAGAGUUCCGACGAAGGCACCGGACCCAGCACCAGCACCCCAGCCAACACCGCCGAAUUGACCCGUGAGGAACGCCGCAACCAAGCCAAAGCCAAGAAGCUGGCUGCGCUCGCCAAGCGCAACAAGACUGCCGCCCAGGUGGGAGAUCUUCCCCCUUCAGACUCAGAUGCCUCGGAAGACGAAGCGCUCCCCGCGAACCCCAACCACACUGCCCAGUCACGGAAACAACUGGUGAAGGAAGAGGUCGAUGAGGAUGCCCCCAAGCCCAAGAAGGUUGUUAAGGAUGCCUCUCAGCUUUCCCGACGAGAGCGUGAGGCUCUCCAGGCGCAACAGGCCCGGGAGCGCUACUUGAAGCUUCACGCCGAGGGCAAGACGGACGAGGCACGGAGUGACCUGGCUCGAUUGGCCAUCAUUCGGGAAAAGCGUGAGGCUGAGCGUGCUCGUAAGGAGGCUGAGCAAGAGGAGAAAGAUGAGCAGGCCAAGGAGCGGGAGGCGGCUAUCCAAGCGCGCGAGGAAAAGUUGAGGGCUGCCGCUUUGGGUGGUAAGCCAUCAAAGAAGGGUGGAAGGAAGUAA